AGUUUGGACCAAGAGGAACCAGAAGCUCUGCAGAUAAAAGAAGAGCAGAAAGAACCAGAACAUCCCUGGACUAAAGAGGAAACCAUGGAGCUCCCCAUUAGUGAGCAGGAAGAGCAGCUUGUUCUGAAGCAGGAGACUGAAGAUACAGGAGAGGAACAUUUCCCGUGUUUGACAUGUGGAGAAAACUUUCAAAAUAAAGUACAUUUUAUAGAUCACAAGAGCACUCACUCAGGCGAGAAGAUCAGUGAAUGUCUGUCCUGUGGAAAAAGCUUUUCUCAGAAGUUAAAUCUUGUUACAAACAUCAGACUACAUACAGACCAUCUACAGGAUUAUGUUGGAAAAGAGGAGGAUUUCUCUGACCAGCAGCUCUAUGAACAAGAGAGGAAUUCCAGUUCGGGCCAAGAGGAACCAGAACCUCUGCAGAUAAAAGAAGAGCAGAAAGAACCAGAACAUCCCUGGACAAAAGAGGAAACCAUGGAGCUCCCCAUAAGUGAGCAGGAAGAGCAGCUUGUUCUGAAGCAGGAGACUGAAGAUACAGGAGAGAAACCUUCCCCAUGUUUAAAAUCUGGAAAAGACUUUUUAAAAAAAGAACCUUUAAUUGUUCACAUGAGAACCCACACACAUAAGAAGAUUUAUAAAUGUCCUUCCUGUGGAAAAAUGUUCACAAAAAAAUCUGAUCUUGAUAGACACAUUAGAAGUCACACAGGUGAGAAGCCUUUUUCCUGUACCAAUGAGAGAAAUACGAAGAGUUCUUCUCAGCCUCCUGGAUCCAUCAAGCCCUGUAGCAAAUGA